AUGAGCUCCGAUCCAGCACCGCCACAAGUCACUCGUCGUUCUGCCAAAAUCGAUAUCGACAACCAGACUGGCACCAACUUCAGAUUCAAAGUGCAACAUCAGUAUACAGGAUGGGAAACCGAUGUUUCGAAAGAAGUAAGCUACAAACCGAAUGAGCAGAAUACUAUCUUUGACAACGUGGAGUACAACACUGGAUUCCUGACAACCGGUGUUGACAACUGGAUUGUAGAGGGAACGAAGCUAAAUCAGGAGACCGUAAACGGAAAGAAAGAGCUUGUCGAUGGAGCCAAGUUUCGUAGUGGAACGGGGGCGUUGUCAUCGUGGAAGGUACACACGCUGACUAGUGAGGAUGAUGGAAAAACGACGGUUAUUCGUGUGUUCCCAACGGAAAUACAUUUCAUUUCGCCGAGUGGAACAUCUACGACUUCUUUCACUGUUGUAAAGGAUUGA